AUGAAACAGAUCGCAGAGUUUCGGCUCUUACUAAGUUCCCAUCAGUUGCCAAAUGAUUCGUAUUAUCUGAUGGAUAAGUCCGUGCUUAUUUUUGCGACAAUCCCGGACCUACUAGAGCAAAACUCUGUGGCCGGAGUUGGCGAUACCCAAUCAGAGGUGUGCUUUUGCCGGAAAACACGCCAUGGGGAUCCAAAGUUAUGGCUUCUCCACACUCGAGAUUUCAAGAUGCAUUCGCUCCAGGCCUCUGAACCAUGCGACGUCAUCGGGACCAGCAUAACAUACCGUUUCAGGAAUAGCCGUCGCUAG